UUUUUUGUUUUACAUGGUUGUGGUUUUUAAUAUAGAGGAAUACAAUGGCACAGUUGUGUCUCGCCCACAAACCACAAACACACAUGGGCUCAGGUUAAGUCAAACUGCAAGCUACUGUCCUGGGAACAAAGUGCAGACACCUGCAUUUCUAACGGCAGUGGUUUUGGCUGUGUGAUUAUAAUAAAAAUGAUUACCCUCAUUUCGACAGUGCAUGGCCCAGUAGUCUCAAAGCCAUAUGUUCCUCCUCCUCCUGCUCCUUUCUCCUGCUUUUACUGCGUGUUCUUCAAGAGUUCGAAGAAGAGUGGAAAAACUGUGAGAGGAGAAAAACAUGCUCAUGGCUGAGUAUCUGUCCUUCUCUUCCUUUUUGUAUGAGAGAGAGUGAAAGAGGCAGCAGCACAUACAGCACAGCGGUUGGCAGUCUGCAGUACUUCCUCAUCCUGGCUGUUGUGUUGAGACAGACAGCCGCUGCUCCUGACCCUUUUCACCCUCAGACUCUUCAUACAGCUCAGCAAAGGACCGAUAUUUUGGUCUGUUGUGCUUCAGGGCACUCAGGCAGAGGGCAGUCUCUAGGACAGCGUCCAGUGACAAACACGUGUAGUUAGCUGACGCGCAGCCAUGAUGAAAUCGGGCGCCACCAAGGUGGGGCUGCCCAAGCCGGGACUCCAGAAGCAGGUCUCCUUGGCCACCUCUUCCUCCACCGCCUCCUCCACAGCCAUGAAGACAUCCAGAUCAUCCAACACACUGGCCUCAGACCAGCGCCUUAGCAGGCUGAAAAGAGCCAGCAGUGACGAUGCCUUGACAAAGCCUGCACUGGGAGCUGCUACCUCUGGCUCCCGGAUGAAAAAGACUGUGACCACUGGAGCCAUCUCAGAUCUUGCAGAGGGCCGUCCUCGCAGCCUGUCUGGUGCACAAGCGGCCAAGAAGUCUGGUAUUCCAGCUCCUAGAGAAAUCCCUUCCACUAUAACACGAGACCGCAUCUCUCUGAGGGACCAGCUUAGGAGCUCCACCACUAAGAGGAUGGUUUCCAGUGCCAGCACUUCCAGCCUCUCCACCCUGGCAAAGCAAACACGUAGUUCAACCAAGUCCCGUGGAGAUGCAGAGAGCCAGGAAAAGGGCCUUCUGGAGUGCCAGGUGAAAGAGCUGCUGGCUGAGGCCAAGGCCAAAGACUUAGAGAUCAGCAAUCUCAGGAUGGAGUUGCAGCGCUGCAAAGGUAAAGCCUCCACUGCUCCCUCCUCACCGUCAGCCAACUCUGUCGCAUGGCAAGAGCCGGCUGCAGAUCGGGAGCAGGAGCAAGUGGCGGAGGCCCUUGUACUGGUUGGGGAGCUGAGGGAAAAGAACGGGAAGUUUCAGAGAGAGCUGGCAGGGCUUAGGGAGGAGAACCAGGCACUGAAGGAAAAAUUGCUUUCCUUGGAGGCCUCUCCUCUCUCCAGUACAAACACAAGCAGCCCUUCCAAGCCUUUGGUGAAUGGACUGCCCUCAGACUCCAACUCCUCAACUCAGCAACAGGACAGUCUUCCUUCCACUGCCAGCCCUCUCAAAACCUCUGUCUCCUCUGGUUCUGACAUCACCAAGGACUCACCAUCACCCGACUCCUCAGAGUUUGAGAAGAUCCCGUCGCGUUCAGAGUCAGUGAGUAGCGGUGUUAGUGCGGAAGCUGUUACAGCGGGGGCAGUGACCAGUGCAGGAGGGCAGGAUGUGUCAGUGCAGAGCCUGACCGAAAGGAUUCACAAGAUGGAGGAGAGCCACCACAGCACAGCCGAGGAGCUGCAGGCAACUGUGCAGGAGCUGGCUGACCAGCAGCAAGUGGUGCAGGAGCUGACGGCUGAGAAUGAGCGUCUGGCCGAGGAGAAACGCCUCCUGCAGACCUCGCUUCAACAGCAGAGAGAGCGCCUGGAGGUGCUGGCCCAGAAGAAUGAAGCACUCACUGGCCGACUUCAGGAGCAAGCACAAGCUCAGGCCAAGAGGGAGGAGGAGCUGGGUAGCCAAGGGCCUCGGCUGGCCGAGCUGGAGCAGAGGUAUGCCGAGCUGGUCGAGAGCUCGCGCUUCGAACGGGAGAAGCUAGUGGACAUCCAGCAGCAGCUGACAGGCAGCCUGCGGGCUCUGGAGGAGGAGCACCAAGAGGCGCAGGGCCAGGUGCGCUGCAUCAAAGAGGAGAUGGACAGACUGCAGGCCCAGCUGGACAGGGAGGUGGAAGCUGGAGGUCAGGCAGCACAGGUCGCAGAGGAGCAGAGGGCAACAGCAGACUGUCUCAGACUGGAAAACAGUAGGCUGAAAGCGCAGGUGGACAUUGAGAGGCAAAAGGUGGGUGAGCUGAAGGCCAUGCAGAGCGCUGGUGACAGCAGUGAAGUGCAGAACUUGCUGAAAACAGCCCACGCUGAGAGAGACAGGCUGGAGGUGGAGCUGACAGAGCUGAGGCAGGAGCUGCUACAAGCCCAGGCCGAGACUGAGCACGUGCAAGCCACAAUGUCCAAGACGGAGGCCAAAUGCCAGCAGGUUCAGGAGCGGGCCGAGAGGAGGGAGCAGGAGCUCAGCAGCCGGGUGACUUCACUGGAGGAGGCCGCGAUUCACGCUGAGAACCAGGUGAAGGAGCUGAAGGAGACCAUCUUCGAACUGGAGGACCAGGUGGAGCAGCAGAGGGCCGUCAACUGCCACACCAACCAAGCCGUCCUGGACAUGGAGAAUCUUGUCAAAAAACUGGAGGAGCAGAAAGCUGAUGCAGACCGACAGCUGAAGGUCAUGAGUAGACAAAUGAAGGAUGAAAAAGAGGAGUGGCGUCGGUUCCAGGCGGACCUCCAGACUGCAGUGGUGGUUGCCAAUGACAUCAAGGUGGAGGCUCAGCAGGAGCUCCGUACACUCAGGAGGCAGCUGCAGGAGGAACAGGACCGCAAUGCAAAGCUUUCAUCAGACCUUGAGGCCCUGCAGGGAGUCAGGUCCCAAGGUGACGAGGUGAGGGUGUCCGACUCCGAUAUCAACCGUCAUUGGUGCGGCAUCUCUAUGAUCCCGACCACACCCAUAGACGUCGCCGGGGAUGCCAACGACUCAGAGCCCGGAGCUACUGUCAAAUCCCUCAUUAAGUCCUUUGAUACUGUUGGACAGAAUGGACCAGGACACACAGUUCAGAUGCAUUCCUCCUCGAGAAGCCCGCUGAGUGGGAUCCCUGUACGCACCGCACCUGCUGCUGCUGUCUCCCCUAUCCAGAGACACACGUACAUAAAGCCACUGUCAAAAACUUUGGAGAAAAGAAUCAAUCACGGAGAAUUCUCUCAUCAUCAUGAUAAGAUGUCAGGCUGUGGGGAAGACCUGAAACCUAACAGCCUGAUGAGGAAGAGCCCUUCUUUAGAGUCUGUAAUCAAAGCCCCCGCCUCCCUCAGUGGCCGCACAUCAUCCUUCAGCUACAACCGAGGCAACAGCAAGCUCAGUGUGGAAAGAAAGGACCCCUUGGCUGCACUGGCCCGGGAGUAUGGAGGAUCUAAGAGGAACGCUUUACUGAAGUGGUGCCAGAAGAAAACAGAGGGCUAUCCGAACAUCGAUGUGACCAACUUCAGCAGCAGUUGGAGUGAUGGCCUGGCUUUCUGUGCCCUCUUGCACACGUAUCUGCCCGCCCACAUCCCAUACCAGGAACUCAUCAGUCAAGAUAAGGUCCGGAAUCUGACCUUAGCUUUCCAGGCUGCUGAGAGCAUUGGGAUCAAACCCUCCCUGGACAUGGAGGAGGUGAUGAAGACAGACAGGCCGGACUGGCAGAGCGUCAUGCAGUACGUCUCUCAGAUCUACAAGUACUUUGAGACCUAACCAGCUUGAGAGAGAUGAAUCGGAGGCACUGCAGCACUUUUUCUGUCAGCACUACAUUCACCUUCCAGACAGACGUAACGCUGCCAGCGUAACCUUCCUCCUGCUCACUGUUGGACACUUAACACACAACUGAGGAAGUCUCCAUUCUUGGGAGAUUUGAAACAAUCACAGAGUUGCUGUUUUCUCAUUUUUUAACGGGACGCUACAGUGAGCACUGAGGCUCAAAUUUACAAAGACUGUACUGCAAGAAACAAUAACUUGUUCAAUUUUACCAGCUUAAAACAUCAUCUGAGCAUCGGAUUCACAGGCAGGGGACAGCUGAGCUGGUUUGAUUAUUUUUUAACUCCCUCUAUACUGACUUUGAAAGAACUGACAAAAAUACAUACUGUAAUAGAUUCUGGGUAACACUUUACUUGAAGGUAUCUACAUAAGGGUGACAUAUGUCAUAACUAUGACAUGACACUGUCAUGAACUUGUCAUAAACAUUAUGUACAUGUCAUAAACGUUUAUGACUGCUGUCAUUAAGUGUCAUUUGGUUUUUGUAAUGACAAGUUGACAUUGUUUGGGUUGUUUUGAUUAUGACAACUUGACAUUAAUCAAAGUGACAUUACCAGAAGUUGUCUUUGUCAUGACAAGUUGACAUUAAUUUGUUUAGGAUGUCCUUAUAAUGACAACUUGACAUUAACAAGAAAUGCACCUCUUUUUGUGUUUAUGACAAGGUGACAUAAUGAUUGAUACAAAGAUGAUACAUCUUCUGGUAAUGUCAUCCUGGUUAAUGUCAAGUUGUCAUGUCAAGGACAUCCCAAACAAAUUUAAUGUCAACUUGUCAUGACAAAGACAACUUCUGGUAAUGUCACUUUAAUUAAUGUCAAGUUGUCAUAAUCAAGACAACCCAAACAAUGUCAUUACAAAAACCGAAUGACACUUUUAUGACAUAUAUAUAAUGUUCAUGACAAGUUCAUGACAGUGUCAUGUCAUAGUUAUGUAGAUAACUUCAAGUAAAGUGUUACCAGAUUUUGUCACAAACUGGCUGUCAGUACAGAAGAUAUUUUUCCAUUAUAUGCUAAUUAUCAGUGUUGUUUGUGAAUCCAGUGCUCUGGUUCUUAUGGAAGCCCAUAUCUGCCAAUGUGAUGGAUAAAAAAAACAGAUCCUGUGAGUCACUACAGUGAGAACAUUUCUUGAAAUAAUGACUUUGUAUCUCAAAAUACUGAGUUGUUAUAAGAAAAACGACAAGUUAGUAUCUCAGUUAGGGCUGCCCACGACUAUGAAUUUUCCCAGUCGACCAAUAGUCAUCAUUUAGGGCAAUUAGUUGACUACUUGUAUCGCACUGCUUGGUGGAAACAGGGCUUUAGCAACCACUCAAAGUGCUUUACAACACAUGCACCAUUCACCCACACAUCCAUACACCAUACAUACAGUUUUCUAAUAAUAACUUACAGUAUCUUUUUUUAUUUUUAAUCACAUUGGCAGUAAUGGGCUCCCGUUGGUUCUGGUCAUUUUCAAAUGUGCCAAAUCUUCCAAGACACAGCAUAUACCAGACUAUCUAUGCAUGGUCAAAGUGUAACCCUCUGUCUGAGCUCGCAGCGUGACGUCUUUUUUCACUGAACAUUUUGUUUCGUUUGCUGAAAUGUUGCUUUAAAGAAUCUGUCACUUCUCACACCGAGUGCUUAUCGUGAACGAGCUGGAGUUGUACUUUGCAGAGCAGAGAGUGUUUUGAACUGACAGCUUUGAGUUGAACUGAAGCCUUUUAUAUUUUCCACUUAAGAAUAGAGAUGAGACAAACCCUACGCUGCCAUCUGUGAUGCGACACUAAAACAUGAUUUAACACUACGAGAGUUGCUGAAUAGUUUUGUAGAAAUAUUUUUAUGAAGACAGAUUGAUCUCUAUGUUUGCGUUGUUUACAGCACUAAGGACCGGCUGAAUCAAACCAUUGUGCACUGUUUUUCACGUUUUUCCAUCGAGACUCUCUCAACAACUAUGGUACUGCAGCUGCUUUGCAAAAUCUACAUAUUCCGCAUGCCAUGUUUAAAUAAUGACGGAGAGGAUGACCUUUACGUGUAAGAGGUUUAGGCACAACACUUUCUCUGUGGUAUGAUUUAGACAAGCCUCCAUUUGCAGAUGCCCUUAUGUUUUGGAAGAUAAAAGUGUUAUUUAUUGAUUUACAAGACGUGUAUCCUGAAAAGUGAGAAUGGACAGAAGUGUGUGCAGUUUUCUAUAUACUGAUGUCAGAUCUGGAAGCCUGUUGGAUGGAUAUUGCCCAAUAAAGGAUUGUCAAGUUUUAUAUUCAA